CGAGGACCGGAGCGCCGACGGGCCGCGCUGAGGGCCGGGGCCGGGACCGGGGCCGACGAGCGGCGCCCGCGAUGGCGGCGUCCGCGGUGGCGGCUCCGGGCCGGCCGGGCGGCGUCCUGUGAGGGGCGCCCCGCAACUUGUUGGCGCCCGGCCGCGCUCCGGAGGGUCGGCUAUGCGGCCGUGAGGCGGCGCCGUCCGCCCCCGAGGAGCCGCGGGCCGCGCCGCCCGCCCCGCCCGCCGCCGGCGGGAUGUCGUCGUUGCUGCCGCCCGCGGGCGCCGCCAUCUCGGCCGCCGAGAAGGUGGACGGCUUCACCCGGAAGUCGGUGCGCAGGGCGCGGCGCCAGAAGCGCUCGCAGGGCUCCUCGCAGUUCCGCGGCCAGGGCGGCCCCGCCGAGCUCCAGGCCCUGCCGCAGCUCAAAGACGCCACUUCCAGUGAGCAGCAGCAGCUGUUCUGCCAGAAGUUGCAGCAGUGCUGUGUGCUGUUUGAUUUCAUGGACUCUGUCUCUGACCUGAAGAGCAAAGAGAUCAAGAGAGCGACCCUGAGCGAACUGGUUGAGUAUGUUUCCACUAACCGCGGUGUGAUUGUUGAGUCCGCGUAUUCUGACAUAGUAAAAAUGAUUAGUGCUAACAUCUUCCGUACUCUCCCUCCAAGCGAGAAUCCAGAUUUUGAUCCAGAAGAGGAUGAGCCCACACUUGAGGCCUCCUGGCCUCACAUACAAUUGGUGUAUGAAUUCUUCUUAAGAUUCUUGGAGAGCCCUGAUUUCCAGCCUAGUAUUGCAAAGCGUUUCAUUGAUCAGAAGUUUGUACAACAGCUCCUGGAGCUUUUUGAUAGUGAAGACCCCAGAGAGCGUGACUUCCUGAAGACAGUCCUGCACCGCAUCUACGGCAAGUUCCUCGGCCUCAGAGCCUUCAUCAGGAAGCAGAUCAACAACAUCUUCCUCAGGUUUAUAUAUGAAACAGAGCAUUUCAAUGGUGUUGCUGAACUCCUUGAAAUCUUAGGAAGUAUUAUCAAUGGCUUUGCACUGCCCCUGAAAGCAGAACAUAAGCAAUUUCUAACGAAGGUUCUUAUUCCUAUGCACACUGCAAAGGGACUGGCCCUGUUCCACGCCCAGCUUGCGUACUGUGUCGUGCAGUUCCUGGAGAAAGACACCACACUGACGGAACCGGUGAUCAGAGGAUUGCUGAAGUUCUGGCCGAAAACAUGCAGUCAGAAGGAGGUGAUGUUUUUAGGAGAAAUCGAAGAAAUCUUAGAUGUCAUUGAACCGACACAGUUCAAGAAGAUCGAGGAGCCGCUCUUUAAGCAGGUCUCCAAGUGUGUGUCCAGUCCACACUUCCAGGUCGCAGAGAGGGCAUUGUACUUCUGGAAUAAUGAAUACAUUCUGAGUCUGAUCGAGGAGAAUAUUGAUAAAAUUCUGCCCAUCAUGUUUGGCAGUUUGUACAAGAUCUCUAAGGAACACUGGAAUCAGACCAUUGUGGCCCUGGUGUACAAUGUGCUGAAGACGCUGAUGGAGAUGAACAGCAAGCUUUUCGACGAGCUCACGAGCUCCUACAAAGCCGAACGACAGAGGGAGAAAAAAAAGCAACUGGAACGCGAGGAGUUAUGGAAGAGACUGGAGGAGCUCAGGCUCCAGAAAGCUCUUGAGAGGCAGAACAGCGCGUUUGCUGUGCUCGGCAACGCGGACGCCAGCUGAGGCCGCUUCUCACCCCUCGGCAGGAUAAUGUAAUUAGCAGCCAGUUUCCCCUGGCAGAUGUAAAUGAGAAAUAUAUACGGACUAGACAUCCAGCGCGGUGCUGUAUCUGCGUCACGGCAGAGUCCGCAUCACCGCUGAAGAUGCGUGAGCUGUCGUGACUUGGAUUCUCUGGAUUGUGCCGCACACACAAUUCUCUGCUCUGUAUUUCCCCUUUUCGUGUGCUUUUCACAUUGCCACAGCCCUUAGUUACAACCGAGGAACACUUCCCCGUUGCCUCUCCUCACAGAGACACCUGCCCAUCUCUGGUCUUACAGACUUGAGGCUGAGCAGAAAAACCAACCCGUAAACCUCCAGACCUUUGAAAGCACAAAAUCAAAGCCGGGAAAAGUAAACCAGGCUUCUCCCUUGUCCCCUGGACACCUCCCCCAGGCUGAAGGCAGGGCCUUCCCAGUCCUCACCUGUGUCCGCCCUCUGGCCACUGGAGGCGAGGCCUGCAGGAAGAUGCUAGCUCCUCCACAGCCCUGAGGAAGCUGACUGGCAAGAGGCCGGCUACCUCACGAGCUUCUGUUGCCAGAGCACCGUUCCAGCCUCUCCACCCGCGGCUGUGUGACGCAGGGCCUGCGUUGGGUGGGCAGCAGUAAAACCGCCGCUCUGCCCAGGCAUCCGGGAGACGCCUUCCUCCGCAGGGUGGACCGUGUUUUACAGAAGAUAAAAGGAUGUAGAGGCUGGGCGCUGGCACGCAAGGACACAGGUUCAAGCCCCCUGUCCCCACUUGAGGGGAAAAGCUUCAUGAGCAGUGAAGCAGGUGUCUCCCCAUCCUAGCUAAUAAAAGGGAAAAGUGGCCACCA